AUGCCCCGCCGACUGCGAUCAGAUCGCGAAAGCCCCCCAACCGUUGAAGUGGAAAUUGACCAUGCGAGCCAGGGAAGCAACCAGCUCGACCAGCCAGUUCGAUUCAUCACGACUGCAACUCCAACUCCCGCUCACUCCCCUCUAAUCCUCCGCACCCCGUCUCGUCUACCCGGGAUAACCAGCGAUGAUCUCCGAAUCCUGCGCACAAAACAGCGUCGCCUACAGCGAUCAGCCUCUCUAACUACACAAGCCACCCGCGAACUCGGUCCGUGGGCACUCCAAGGACUCGCGUCAACGCUGAUCUUCGCUCAGCAUGAAGCUGGUACGGCGGUCUGCAUCGACGCGCGCGGGUGGAUGCUGACGUGUGCGCAUUGUUUCGGUGAAACGGCCCAAGAAUGGCGGGCUCAUCGUCGUAAAUGGCUGCUGUGUUACACGGGAUUGGCGGUGCAAGUCGAGUGUCGGGUUUGGGAUGCGCGUCGCGAUCUAGCUCUCGCGAAGGUAGUCUGUAUCGAGGCACCGGAAGAGCUCAGUAGCAGUCACCCAGUGACCUCCGUCUUUGCCUUUGUCACCCUCUCAACGUCGCAGUCGACCACCGCUCCGAUAAUCUGUAUCGGACAACCAGGAGCCGAUGACCUCGAAUCAGCCGCGCCCCGCAAAACCGCUUACGAUUUGAUCGAAAUCUCCAAGGGGCGACUGUGUGGUAUGAUUCCCGACAUCGAUCCACAGGAUAACUCCGAGAUCGGGACACUAAAACACGAUGCGUGGACAUACUGGGGUCACUCUGGGGCACCGCUUUUGCGGAGAGUCGACGGGAGUUUGCUGGGACUGCAUUCCUCGUGGGAUGAUAGUACCGCGAUGCGUCAUGGAGUGCCACUGGCUGCGAUCAAAGCGUUUCUCAGGGAGCACCUCCCCAAAGACGAAGUGAACCUGGCAGAGCCUGCUCGUAGUUUGGAGAAGAAAGAACCCGAGAUCAUUGUGAUAGAUAGCUCUGAUUGA